AGAAAUAUUUUGAAAAUAAACAAAAGUAAAACUAGAUGCCUGUUUGAAGGGAAAGCAUGGGUCGAGGGCUAUUUGGACAGUAGGGAAAUUAGAGGAAAAUAUCCAGGAGGCGUUUUCUUAGAGCAUAAGCUUUCAAAGUCUAGGGACCCUGUGUAAUCAGAUUCUAACCAAAUGACUUGAAUCUUACAGUGAGGUGGAUUUUUAACUGAGAAUUGUACUACAAAGAAGGGAAACAAUAUUUUAGGCAUGUGGGCAAAGACACAAUGGGAAAAAAAAAGGAUCUGACCAACAGAAAAGAAAACUCAAAGUCAAAGAAAGUAGACACUGUUGUAGCUACAAAGGAAAUCAUAAGGAGAGUUGGGGAAGUCCUUGAAAAUGGCAGCUGGCACAAGCAUAUGUUCACUUUCCCACUUUAAAGCUGGAUUCCCCUUGAAGCAGACACAAACGAAUUACUGGGCCAGAGCCAGACAUGUACCACUGCACUAAGAAAAGCAAGUCAAGGGCUAUCAAACCUUUUAUGAAAAUCUCCGAUCUUGUCUCACGCUUGCUUCUAAAAGGGAAAAAGGCAGGGCCUGAAGACCAGACUGUACUGACUCAGAACAAAGAGAGCCAUCUCUUGAAAGACAAACACAGAACUUCUCCAAGCAUGCAAGGGUGUUGCUUAGGUUUUGGACACAAUACUGUUUCUCAUUCAAUUAGCCAGAACCAGGAAAUAUUUUCUUCCUACAACAAAGAUUAUCAAGUGAUUCUUCACUUCAAACCAUACGAUUGGUUAAUGUUUACCCAUCCCAACUUGUUAAACUAGUUUAUUUUCAAUCCUUAAGUAUUCUUUCUUUAGUCAGCUUACAAACCUGAAAGAAUGUCCAGGAUGCUACUCAUUUGACAAGAAAUCACAAAGCAGCACCGAGGUGGAAGAGUUGCGUUCUCAACAGUGGAUGAUGCAUCAGCCAUCAGCAUCAGGUAGACGAAAAAGUUCACUGAAACCAUGGAUGAUUGCCAUUAUUAUUGCCGCUGUUGUGGUGGGUCUAGCAAUAAUCACCAGUCUCCCUGUUUAUUUUUUGGUAUUUGAUCAGAAGUUUCACUAUUACCUAACUUCCUUCCAGAUCCCCAGUAUUGAAUAUAGUCCUGAUUUCUCAGUGGAAUACUCAAAAAAUAGGACAGACCUGAAACAAAAAAUCAGUAAUCAGAUAGAUGAGAUAUUUCAAAGAUCCAAUUUAAAUCGUCAUUACAUCAAGUCGCAUGCUUUCAACUUUAGGUCAAGUAAUAAUGAUUUGAAAACAGAUGUAUUGCUCAAAUUUCAGUUUGCUCCUAACAAAGCAGACACAGUAAAAAGACAAGCUGAUGACAUUUUGCAUCAGAAGUUGAAAUUAAAUGAAAGCUUCUUGAAGAUAGAUACUCCAUUACCUUAUCUUAGAGAUAUGAAUGAAGCAAAAGCAGAGCAUAUUCUACACAGUUAUUGCGGUUUAGGGAGGGAGUUGCCAUCCAUGGAAAGAAUUGCCGAUGGUAGUGUUGCAAAGAAAGCUGAUUGGCCUUGGCAAGCCAGCCUGCAGGUGGAUGGUGUCCAUUUCUGUGGAGCAUCUUUGAUCAGUGAGGAGUGGCUCCUGACUGCUGCUCAUUGCUUUGAUAAUUACAAAAACCCCAAACUCUGGAUGGCUAGUUUUGGAACAACUCUAAGCCCUCCACUAAUGCGAAGAGAGGUGCAGUCAAUUAUCAUUCACGAAAACUAUGCCGCCCAUAAGCAUGACGAUGACAUCGCUGCGGUGAAGCUCUCCACCCCUGUCAUAUUUUCGGAUGAGGUGCACAGAGUCUGUCUCCCAGAUGCUACUUUUGAAGCCUUGCCUGAGAGUAAAGUGUUUGUCACUGGAUGGGGAGCAUUAAAAGCAAAUGGUCACUUUCCCAAUACUCUGCGAGAAGUUAAAGUAGAGAUCAUAAGUAAUGAUAUAUGUAAUCGAGUUAGUGUAUAUGGUGGUGCUGUAUCAUCAGGAAUGAUAUGUGCUGGAUUUUUGAGAGGAAAACUAGAUGCCUGUGAGGGUGAUUCUGGGGGACCUCUGGUUAUAGCACGUGACAGAAAUAUCUGGUAUCUUAUUGGAAUAGUAAGCUGGGGAAUAGACUGUGGAAAAGAAAACAAGCCUGGAGUUUAUACCAAAGUGACUCGUUAUAGGGACUGGAUUAAAUCUAAGACUAACAUCUAAUGUAACUACCACCUCUACAUCCAAAAUGUAAAUGCCUUGUGUGCUCUCUAGCAGAUUGUGUUUAGUAUGUGCUGCCAUGUAUAUUGUCAUCAAGCUCAAGGUGCAAGCAAGCGUGAUUUGACAACUCUUCCCUUAAACAUGAGGAAAGCAGGCUUUCUUUCACGUCACGGGAAGUGUCUCGCUGACCACGAACAUACAACAUACUGUCGGCUCCACGAAGGUCUGCCAUUGCUGCUAAGUGUGUCUGAUUACCUCCCGGCUCACCCUUCUGUUCCUACCUCACACUUCCCAUUUUAGAAAAAUCCAGCAGUUUAAUCAGAUGAGUACCAGCUGGCUACGUACUUAUAUUUUGUUCCUGACAGAGCAUACUGCCCUUCCCUGACUUCACAUUUUUUGGCUUCCUCCUCAAAUAGUCUUCAUUAAGACUCUGUAGGUGCAGUGCACCAGAUAAAUCAAGGUAAAACGAGUAGUUCUGGCCCAUGCUAACACAAAUGAUGGAGGGGCACUAGACAGGAAAGCAGGGCUUAAGAGGUGGCACCACUGUGUGUUCUUUCCCCUUUGCCCUCAGAUGUGCGUUAACCUCUCUCUGAAACUCGAAAGAAAAAGACAUUUAAAUUUACACCCAAUGAUGCAGAUUUUAAACUCUAUAAAUAACUACACUAAUGUUUACUUUAGAAUAAUGAAUAAAUUGGAUCAGAUUGUAGGCAAACUGGAAAUAGGACAGGAUUUUGUUCUAAAUUAUGUAAAAAUGCCUUUUGGUAUUCAAAAAAUAAAAGCAGUUCCUUGGCCUUUUCACCAGGUGGGAAAUGAGAAAAGGCAAGGACUCAGUGAGAGAAGUUACUUUCCAUCCCCCCAAAAUGGGAGAAUUUCCAAUUCUGAUACAAAUUUGCUUGUCACUUCUGUUUAAUUAUUUCCUAAUGCAGUUUAUUUUUCUAAACUAUUUUAUUUUCAAUCAUCUUCAGAACACUUAAGGGACCCACAGAAUGAGAAGCCAGUAUAAAUUAUAUAUUCAUAAAUAACUUAUAUGAGAAGCCAGUAGAAAACCAGAAAUUGGUAGACAGUUGGAUAAAAGAAUUUAGGAAAGACCUUAUUGUGUAUUUAAAUUUUACUGUUAAAAAUGGUAGUCAUUCUUUGAAGAAUUGUAUUCAUAGAGGAUUUUCAAAUAAGAAAGCAUCUUUGGAAUGGUUUAAUAAUUAUAUAAAUAGUCAUUUUCAUAUAUAUUUAAAUGCAUUUUUUUUGGCACUGUACAUGACCAUGGACUAGUGUUCAGCAAAACUUAACCUUUUCCUGUGCAUCUAAACCUUUAUUUGCUUCCUCCCUCCUUUUACAGCUAAUUUAGUUAAUGAAAUAACUGCCAUGUUAAGACUUUUUGAGUUUUAUGUUAAGUAACAGUCUCU